AAGAAUUCCUGCAGUGAAAUUUCAAACUUGAAGCAAUUGCAACCAUAUUUGUGAUUCUUUUAAACUUAGUAACAAGCUAGCUGUAACAUACGCAACUCUCCAGUUCAGUAACAUGACUUGUCAGGUAAGCAAGAAAAACGAAACUAAACUUCCGUUUAAAAUAGAAGAUGACGUCUUGAUAGGCGAGGAAUGCUCAAACAAAUACGAUUGCAUAAAUGUAGGAGAAUUAAUCCUAAAUGCAUUCAAAACAAAACCGGAUUUAAUUGGACAGAUAGAUGCGCUGACAGGGAAGCAAAGCACAUUCCAACAAAUGAGAGAAAAGAGCGUGAAGUGUGCUUUAUGGCUGAAUAAGCAGGGAAUUAAUAUGAACGACGCAGUUGUGACGUGCACGCAAAAUCAGUUGCAGGCUUACGUGCCGUAUCUGGCAUCCUUAUAUAUCGGUGCCUUAAUAAAUCCGUGGAACGAAUCUAUCGGCCAAAGUAGUGUAGAGCGCUACCUUAAGCUAAUUUCACCGAAGGUGAUCUUCAUUAACGGCGACAAAGCCACGAUGGUCCAUAAAGUCUCGAUGAAGUUGCAAAUUUCCCCAAAGAUCGUGGUUUACGACGAGGUCGAAGGCUUCGAGUCGCUUGAAUCGAUCUUGGACGGACAUUUCGACAAGGCCGAGAUCGACGGGUUCUCUUGUACAUUGAAGAACACACAGGAUACCGCGUUGCUGUUGUUAUCUUCCGGCACGACUGGCCCCCCCAAAGCCGUGGAAAUAUCUCAGACGUUAUUUACAAAUUCGGGGAACGGACAAUCGCCCGUCGUAACACCCGGUAGCGUUGGCAUGUGGUUCGGAUCCUUAAGUUGGAUCACAAGUGUGUUUCUAACUGUUUUUACUGUACUCUCGUAUUCGACAGCGAUCAAGUUCACAGGAUUCGACGGCGAGAAAGUGAGCCAGAUGAUAGAAAAAUACAAGGUGAACUGGAUGUUAAUGGAAACUAAUAUGUGCAACCAUUUUUUGAAGUCUAACGCUUGGAUAAAAUAUGAUAUCUCUUCCUUGAGGCAAAUCACAUUCGGCGGCUCGACAAUUAAACUUGACGUUCACAAGAACAUUAUAAAAGCCCUGCCGGAUAUUUCUAUUACGACGAUGUAUGGCAUGACCGAGAUAGGAUUGAUCUCUUGCCAAACAGACACCGGAAAGAUCGGGUCCAGCGGUUAUGUAUGUAAAAACGCUCGUGUAAUAAUCGCCGAUUUGGAAACUGGGAAACCGCUAGGGCCCAACAUGCAUGGUGAGAUCUGCGCCAAGUCUCCGUCUGUUAUGAACGGCUAUUACAGAAAUCCCGAAAAUACCAAGGAUGCAUUUAACGAGGAUGGAUGGCUCCAUACCGGAGACAUAGGCUACUACGACGAGGACGGCGAUAUAUUUGUCGUCGAUCGAAUUAAGGAACUUAUCAAAUUCAAAGGUCAUCAUGUUUCACCGAUGGAGAUCGAAGCCCUGUUGCAGAGCCAUCCAUCUGUGUACGACAACGCCGUAAUCCCUCUGUCGCAUCCUUUUGACGGAGAGCAUCCGAUUGCGUUCGUCCAGAAAAUACCAGGAAAAGAGGUAACAGAAGAAGAGCUGGAACAAUUGGUAGCUAAGAACGUGGAUGAUCACAAGAAAUUACGCGGUGGUGUGGUGUUCGUAAAAAAUUUGCCGCGUACUUCCAACGGGAAAACCGAUCGGAAGGAACUUCGUAACAUGGCAAGAACUUAUGCGAAAGAAAAAGCUAAAUUCCCGUUCACAAUGGAACAUAAUAUCUUGAUAGGCGAGGAAUGCUCAAGCGAAUACGAUUGUACAAGUAUCGGAGAAUUAAUCCUGAAUGUACUCAAAGCUAAGCCGGAUUUUAUUGGACAGGUGGAUGCGCUGACAGGAAAGCAAAGCACAUUUCAGCAAAUGAGAGAAAGGAGCGUGAAGUGCGCAUUGUGGUUAAAGGAACAGGGAGUUAAAGCAGGCGACAUAAUUGUAUCAUGCACUCAAAACCAGUUGGAGGCUUACGUGCCAUUUCUGGCAUCCUUUUAUAUCGGUGCCCUCGUGAAUCCGUGGAACGAAUUUGCUGGCCAAAAUAGCAUAGAACAUUUCUUCGGGCUAACCUCGCCGAAGGUAAUCUUCAUUAACGGUGAUAAAGCCACGACUGUUCUUGAUGCUUCGAUAAAAUUGCACGUUUCCCCGAAGAUAGUGGUUUACGAUGAGGCCGAAGGCUUCGAGUCGCUUGAAUCGAUUUUGGACCGACAUUUCGACAAGGCCGAGAUCGACGAGUUCUCCUGUACGUUGAAGAAAAACAUACAGGAUACCGCGUUGUUGUUGUUGUCUUCUGGCACGACUGGCCUUCCCAAAGCCGUGGAAAUAUCUCAGGUGUUAUUGACAACUCCGGCGUCUAAGCUAAUACCCGUAAAAGUACCUGGUAGCGUUGGCAUGUGGUUCGGAUCCUUAAGUUGGAUCACCGGUAUGAUAUUGACCGUUGAUGCUAUACUUUCGUACUCGACAGCGAUCAAGUUCGCUGGAUUCGACGCUGAGAAAGUAUGCCAAGUGAUAGAGAAAUACAAGGUAAACUGGAUGUUACUGGAAACUAAUAUGUGCAACCAUUUGGUGAAAUCGGGCGCUCUGACGAAAUAUGACAUUUCUUCCUUGAAGCAAAUAAAAUUCGGCGGCUCGGUAAUCAGACUUGACGUUCACGAGAAUAUCAGAAAAGCCCUACCAGAUGUUUUUAUUACGUCAAUAUAUGGCAUGACUGAGACAGGAUUGAUCUCUUGCCAAACAGAUAACGGAAAGAUCGGGUCCAGCGGUUAUGUAUGCAAAAACGCUCGUGUAAUAAUCGCUGAUUUGGAUACCGGGAAACCGUUAAGGCCUAAUAUGUAUGGUGAGAUCUGCGUCAAGUGUCCGUCCAUCAUGAACGGCUAUUACAGAAAUCCUGAAAGUACCAAAGAUGUCUUUGACAAGGAUGGAUGGUUCCAUACCGGAGACAUAGGCUACUACGACGAGGACGGCGAUAUCUUCGUCGUCGAUCGAAUUAAGGAACUUAUCAAAUUCAAGGGUCAUCACGUUUCUCCGGGGGAAAUCGAAUCCUUGUUGCAGAGCCAUACAUCUGUAUAUGAUAACGCUGUAAUCCCUCUGCCACAUUCUUUUGACGGCCAUCAUCCGAUUGCGUUCGUCCAGAAAAUACCGGGAAAAGAAGUGACAGAAGAGGAGCUGGAACAAUUGGUAGCCAAGAACGUGGAAGAUUAUAAGAAACUACGCGGUGGUGUGGUGUUCGUAAAAGAUAUACCGCAUACUUCCAACGGAAAAAUCGAUCGGAAGGCACUUCGUAACAUAGCGAAGACUUACGCGAAAGAAUGAAAUCGCAUAUAUCAAUUAUCCUACGUUGU